CCAGCUGCCGCUCCCGCUCCGCCGUGCCCAGCUCCCCGGCUCGGGGUGGGCGCCCCGCGGGCAGCAUGUACGGCGGCCAGCAGCAGGUGCAGCCCCAGGCGCUGCCCCCGCACCUGCAGCAGCACCGGCCCCAGCCCUGCUACCACACGCUGCCUCUGCCGCACCACCGGCCCCGGCCGUGCCCUGAGCCGCUGCCGUGCUACGAGCCGCCUCCCUUGCAGAGCCGGCCCCGGCCGUGCCACCAGCCCCUGCAGAGCCGGCCCCAGCCGUGCCCCGAGCCGCUGCCAUGCUACGAGCCGCCUCCCCUACAGAGCCGGCCCCGGCCGUGCCCCGAGCCGCUGCCGUGCCCCGACCCGCCGCCCUUGCAAAGCCGGCCCCGGCCGUGCCCCGAGCCGCUGCCGAGCUGGCCCCAGCAGUGCCCGGAGCCGCCUCCCUUGCAGAGCCGGCCCCGGCCGUGCCCCGAGCCCCUGCCGAGCUGGCCCCAGCAGUGCCCGGAGCCGCUGCCCAAGCCAUGCCCCGAGCUGCGGCCCCUGCCCUGUCCGGAGCCGCUGCCCCACCAGCACCAGGACGGCAACGUGGUGUACGAGCGGGUGAGGACCUAUAGCUGCCCCGGCGGCAAGCGGGUGCAGGUGCUGGAGCCCCCUCCGUGCUCCCCCAGGCCGGUGUCCCCGCUGGAGAACGCGCCAGGCCACCAGCAUGUCAUCUGGAGCCGCGACCCGCCUCAGCAGUUACAGGAGCCAUUGUCUCCAUUUCUGAGAGGAGGAAGUUACUGCCCAGGGAACAAUGUUAUCUAUGAAAAGACAAUAAGAAAAUAUGAGUUGCUAAAUCCUGAACAGGAGAAACAAUACCAGUUUUCCCACCAGUCCAACCAAUCCCAGCUUAGCCAGCAAUCUGAACAGCCCCAAAUCAUCCACCAGUGCCGAGAAACACAAAGUUGCAGUCCCUGUGAAAUAAGCUCAAUCUCUGUGAGUGAUGGUGGAAGAGGAACGAACACCGUGCAGAGAGUAACAAUCCAAGGCUGCGAACCAGUACACAGUCUUCAAGAAACUAAUGAGCAGCUGGACUCCAGAUAUUUUGGCGAGCUACUUGCUGAAGUGAACCGCAAGAGCAAUGACCUGUACAGCUGUUUACUGCAGCAUGUGGAAAAGAUAGGAAGAAGGACACAGGACAAUGAAUCUACAAGUCAAGCAGAAGAUAUUGAAGGUUUGAUUCCCAAAGGACUAUCAGAGUUGACAAAGCAGCAAAUUCGCUAUCUCCUGCAGAUGAGAGUGACAUCCGAUAAAACUUUUACCUGGGUGGCCAGGCAAGUGGGUGGUGAUGGCUUCAUCGACAUCCUCGAGGAAGAAAUUGAGAAAUUAAUUCAGGGCCAUAGAGAAACAUUGACUAACAAAGAGUUAGAGGAACUGAUAAAAUCAUCCACUGAAGAUGAAGAUGAUGAACAGGAAGAGCCAGCAACUUGGAAUCUUCAUAAAUUUCCCGAAGUGUUCCAAGCAGUGAAACACUUAAUUUCUGAAUGUGAUCCUGUGACAUUAUUGAUAUAA